ACUGGAUCCCCAGCACCCGGGACGGGGCCGGACGCCCACUAGAGCUCGGUGCGCGCACGGGAGCCGAGCGAGUGACUGAGAGCCUGACCCCGCUCGGAGCGCCCCUAAGUGGGCCGGUGUCUGCGCGGCGCCCUCGGAAGCAGACGGGAAGCCGCAUGAAGGGGGCCGGCAGCCCCCACACCGACGGCCCCGCGACGAGCGCGCCGCGCCUCAAACGUCAUCUUCCGAAGCCGCCUCUGCGACGUGACGGCGGCCGGAGCGGCCUCCUGGGGUUAGCCACGAAGCGCCUCGCCGAGGCCCCGCCCCUCGGGUGACGUCACCUCGGCCCGCCGGGCGGGCGCCGCCAUGUUGGGGGUCCUCGCCGCGGACGCGUAGCUGUCCUCAUAAGAUGCCGGCUCUGCGGCGCCCGGCUUUCUCCCCCCAAGAUGGCGUCCAUGCGGGAGAGCGACACGGGUCUAUGGCUGCACAACAAGCUCGGCGCCACGGACGAGCUGUGGGCGCCGCCCAGCAUCGCGUCCCUGCUCACGGCAGCGGUCAUCGACAACAUCCGCCUCUGCUUCCACGGCCUCUCGUCGGCCGUGAAGCUCAAGCUGCUGCUCGGGACCCUGCACCUCCCGCGCCGCACGGUGGACGAGAUGAAGGGCGCCCUGGCAGAGAUCAUCCAGCUGGCCGCCCUGGACUCGGACCCCUGGGUUCUCAUGGUCGCUGACAUCCUGAAGUCCUUUCCUGACACAGGCUCGCUUAACCUUGAUCUUGAAGAGCAGAAUCCCAACGUUCAAGAUAUUUUAGGAGAACUUAGAGAAAAGGUGGGCGAGUGCGAGGCAUCGGCCAUGCUGCCGCUGGAGUGCCGGUACCUGAACAAGAGCGCCCUGACGACCCUCGCCGGGCCCCUCGCGCCUCCCGCGAAGCACUUCCAGCUGAAGAGGAAGCCCAAGAGUGCCACCCUGCGGGCCGAGCUGCUGCAGAAGUCCACCGAGACAGCCCAGCAGCUGAAGAGGAGUGCAGGGGUGCCCUUCCACGCCAAGGGCCGGGGACUGCUCCGCAAGAUGGACACCACAACGGCCUGGGGUGGCCACACCUACUCCAGUCCUCCUGCCCUUGGUCCUGUCCAGCCCACAGCCCCCUGCAUCCCCCACGUUCCCCCUGUGCUCCCAGCUGCAGCUCCUCGUGAGCCUCGGUACCUGUUUGAUGGGACUGCCCACCCCCCACUCAGAGGCAUCCCGAAGCAGGCGCCCUUCAGAAGUCCCACCGCCCCCAGUGUCUUCAGCCCUGCUGGGAACCGGACCCCCAUCCCACCUUCAAGGACACCCCUGCGGAAGGAGAGGGGAGUGAAGCUGCUGGACAUCUCUGAGCUGGACAUGGUUGGCGCUGGCCGAGAGGCGAAGAGGAGAAGGAAGACCCUGGAUGCAGAAGUGGUGGAAAAGCCAGCCAAGGAAGAGACAGUCAUCGAGAACGCCACCCCAGACUACGCAGCUGGCCUGGUGUCCACACAGAAACUCGGGGCUUUGAACAACGAGCCUGCACUGCCUUCUACGAGCUACCUGCCUGCUACACCCAGCGUGGUGCCUGCCUCCUCGUACAUCCCCAGCUCCGAGACUCCGCCAGCCCCAUCUUCCCGGGAAGCCAGCCUACAGGCCAGCCGGCCACCUGAGGAGCCCCAAGCCCCAAGCCCUGCGCUGCCGUCGCAGUUCAAGCAGAGGGCGCCCAUGUACAACAGCGGCCCUGCUGCGCCUGCACCUCCUGCCUCGCCCCUAACGCCCACCACACCCCCGGCUGCUGCCCUCCCCACGCAGACGCCCCCUGUGGCCAUGGUGGCCCCACAAGCCCAGCCACCCGCCCAGCCACAGCCCAAGAAGAACCUGUCCCUAACGAGGGAGCAGAUGUUCGCUGCCCAGGAGAUGUUCAAGACAGCCAACAAAGUCACACGGCCUGAGAAGGCCCUCAUCCUGGGCUUCAUGGCGGGCUCCCGAGAGAACCCGUGCCAGGAGCAGGGUGACGUGAUCCAGAUCAAGCUCAGCGAGCACACAGAGGACCUGCCCAAGUCAGACGGCCAGGGCAGCACCACCAUGCUGGUGGACACAGUGUUCGAGAUGAACUACGCCACGGGCCAGUGGACACGCUUCAAGAAGUACAAGCCCAUGGCCAACGUGUCCUAGGCGCCACCUGCCGUGCCCCUGGCAGCCUGCCCUGGGCCCCGAGGGACUCCACUCCGCUGGCCUCCUGGGCGACCAGCUCCAGUGUGGCUCAGCCCUGCUCACUUAAGCUUCAGAUGCUUUUCUCUGGGGUGGUUUGGACUUAUUUUUACAUUUUAACAUGGGUUCCCUUUUGUGUGAUUUAAGAUACUUUUGGAUUCAAUAUUACAUUUUUCAAUGUUACCAAAAAAGAAGUAACUUCUGAGUUUUAGCAGCUCCGCCUGUUAGACUGUUAUCUUUAUUUUUUCUUGCAUCCUACUGACCGUGAGGUGGGCCCUCCUCUGCUAGUGCAGUGCUCGCUGACUGAUGUGGAGGGGGCCGGGGUGGCCCCCGGGAUAGCUGGGUGCAGGGCGGCCGCCCGCCAGGGCCCCGGCGCGGCAGACGCCAGGAACACUCACCGCCCAUGGGUCUCCGAGUUGCCUUUUGUGCAGCUGUGAGCAUUUCAGACUUUGGGCACCUGUUUUCAUUGUAAGAAAUGAAUUAAAGUCCAGCUUUUCUAAAGAAA